UCUGAAUACACAACAGUAAGGAUGCACCAAGAGCAGCUUUCCUGAAGCAGCGUCAAUAGCAGAGCGCUUAGACACACAGAGACACAUCCUUAUGCAUGCUCUAUUUUACUAGUCUGCUCAUUCAGGACACAGUAAGACACAGUGACCCAGACUUGGAUUUAAACCAAGAGAGUUAGCAUCAUAAAUCAUGCACUGAUUGUCAUUGGAUGAGACGAAGGAAUUUACCAUUGCUGAAGAUUCGAGAUGUGGGCCAGCUUCGUCUAACUAGGAAAGGAAAUCUCACGUGAGAGGUCUAAUAGUCUCUGCUUUCAUCAUCCAUUAGUCCAUCAGCCAAGACUUCCCCCUUGUUUUUGUGUGUAUAUCUCAGUCAGUAGCAGUGCGAAGGUUGGAGCCAGCAUAUCGGAGGAGAGAGAUGUGGCCGCAGGGGCAGUGGGCUCCUCUGGCUGUGCUGUCAAUCAUUGUGCUGCUGUGGAAGGAGGUGGCUCCCAUCAAUGUCCCUCCAGACCCAAGGAUCCAGCAAGACUUGAAACAGCCCCCUACUAUUGUGAACCAGUCAGCAAAGGACUAUAUUGUGGAUCCGAGAGAUAACAUCAUCAUUGAGUGUGAAGCCAAGGGCAAUCCUGUGCCAACGUUUUGGUGGCGACGAAAUGGGAAGUUCUUCAAUGUGGAGAAGGAUCCCCGUGUGUCCAUGAAGAAACGCUCAGGUACAUUGGAGAUCAGCUUCAGGAAUAGCGGAAAGCCUGAGGACUAUGAAGGAGAAUACCAGUGCUUUGCUAUGAAUGACUUUGGCACUGCUAUAUCCAAGAAAAUACUGCUACGAGUUUCCAAGGCACCACUGUGGCCUAAAGAGGUUUUGGAGCCAGUGGUAGUAAAUGAGGGAUCAUCUUUGGUCCUGGCCUGUAAUCCCCCUCCUGGCCUUCCCCCACCUAAAACAUUCUGGAUGGACAGUAGAAUGAUGCCGAUACUGCAGGACACUCGAGUGUCCAUGGGUCUGAAUGGAGAUCUUUACUUCUCUAAUGUGCUCGCUAAGGAUGCUAACACUGAUUACAGCUGCAAUGCCCGAUUUCUCUUCACACACACAAUCCAACAGAAGAAUCCUUUUAUCCUCAAAGUGCAGACAAAGGAACCUUAUAAUGACACUGUAUAUUCUUCAAAUGACACUUACACAUAUGGUGCACGUAAUAUUCAAGAAUCAACACCUACCUUUCUCUCUCCCUCGGGAAUGUCCAGCUCUAAGAUGGUGCUCCGUGGAGAGGAGCUUCUCCUGGAGUGUAUAGCUGCUGGAGUUCCUACUCCUAUAAUCAAAUGGUUUAAGAAAGGAGGGGAUUUGCCAGAGAGAAAGGUCAAAUUUGAGAACUUCAAUAAAACCCUGUGUAUAGUGCCUGUGUCGGAUGAGGAUUCUGGAGACUACAUCUGCAUGGCCAGUAAUAAGAUAGGCAGCAUCCGCCACACCAUCUCUGUUCAGGUCAAAGCUGCUCCUUUUUGGCUACAUAAGCCAUCUAACCUUGUGUUAGCUCCCAAUGAGAAUGGUCAGCUGCAGUGUUUAGCCAGUGGAAACCCCAAACCCAGCAUCCAGUGGCUCGUAAAUGGAGAGCCAAUAGAGGGUUCACUGGAAAAUCCAAGCAGGGAGGUAGUUGGUGAUGCAAUCAUUUUCAGCUCAGUGCAAAUUGGCACCAGUGCUGUAUACCAGUGCAAUGCCUCAAACGAACAUGGCUACUUGCUGGCCAAUGCAUUUGUCAACAUAUUGGAUAUGGCACCCCGGUUAUUGGGACCCAAGAACCAGUUGAUUAAGGUGAUCGAGAACAAACAAGCCUUUCUGGAUUGUCCAUUUUUUGGCUCACCUUACCCAUUUGUGCGGUGGUUUAAGAAUGGCCAGGGUAUAGUUCCUAAUGGUGGGAAGUAUAGCUUGCAUGAAAAUGGUACCCUGGAGAUCAAGCAAGUUCGAGUUGAAGACCAGGGAACUUACACUUUUGUGGCAAGCAACAUCCUGGGCAAAGCUGAAGAUCAGGUCCGUUUGGAAGUCAAAGAGCCAACGCGAAUUGUCCGUGCUCCAGAGCACCUCUCUGCCAAUAGAGGAAGUGUGGCUCGUUUUGAUUGCAAGAUUAAACACGAUUCCACACUCCCCAUUACUGUCACUUGGCUCAAAAAUGACAAGCCCCUGCAUUUUACCUGGCUGAGCAAGUUUAAGAAGGAGGAAGACUCUCUGUCCUUUAGCAACAUCCAGCCUGAUGAUGAGGGAACAUACACUUGCACAGUUACUACAGAGUUGGAUCACGACUCUGCCUCGGCUCGCCUUACUGUUUUAGAGGAUGAAUCCCUAGCUCCCUCAAAACCUAGUGCCUUAGCAGAUCGUCCUGAUCCUCCACAGGAUCUGGAGCUCUCUGAUCUAUCAGCACGCUCUGUCCGGCUCACCUGGAUCCCUGGCAAUGAGAACAACAGUCCUGUUACACAAUUCCUUGUUCAAUAUGAAGAGGACCGGUGGAGACCAGGCGAAUGGCAAAAUAUGUCCAGUUACGCAGGUGAUCAGAACUCUGUGAACUUGAAUCUGUCUCCAUUUGUGAACUACCAGUUCAGAGUGAUUGCCAUCAAUAAUGUGGGUCAGAGCCGACCGAGCCAGCCAUCAUCCCGCUACCAGACCAGUGGAGCACCUCCUUUUCUUUACCCCAGUGGCCUCAAAGGGUGGGGUACCAAGAAAACCAACAUGGAGAUCACUUGGCAGCCCCUACAUGAUAACCAAAGGAAUGGACCUAAUCUACGUUAUGUGGUUUCAUGGAGGAGGAAGGACUUGGAGGAGGAAUGGAAUAACAUCACCACUUCCAAUACAAAGCAUGUGGUUGGUGAUACAGACACUUAUGUCCCCUAUGAGAUCAAGAUCCAGGCAGUUAAUGACUUUGGUCCAGGCCCUGAGUCAAGCGUUGUCAUUGGCUAUUCAGGGGAGGACAGGCCUACAGAGGCACCUAGAGACCUCAGGGUGUCAAAGUUAAACAGCAAUAAAGUGAAUGUACACUGGACCCCAGUUGAGACCAGAUCCAUUAAUGGAGAAUUUAAAGAGUACAGGCUAUAUUACUGGAGGGAGGCCAGCCUGGUGAAAGAUUUGAAGGUCAACAAGGAGAAGAAAAUUAAAAGUUUCUUCAACGAUGUGUCUCGGAACAGUGGCGUUCUAAUGGAACUCGUUCCUUACAGCAAAUACAAGAUGUAUAUGGUGGUGGCCAACAAUAAAUUUGAGGGACCACAUAGCAUCACUGUGGAGUUUCAGACCAAGGAAGGCUUGCCAGGGGCUCCUAAGUUCUUCAAGAUUGUCCAGAGGAGCAGCAGCACCAUUCGCCUAGAGUGGAAUAAACCUCUAGAGCCGAAUGGCAUUCUAAUCGGAUACACACUCCAAUACAAGACAGUGAAUGGGACACAGGAGGGCAAUGUGCAGGUCCUGAGUUUCUUCCCUAAUGAGACAGAGUACACCAUGCGCCUGCCUGACCGCUUUACCCGAUACAAAUUUUCCCUGUCUGCUCGGACGCAGGUCGGCUCUGGCGAGGCCUAUGCUGAGGAAUCGCCUCACUUUGCCAAUGAAGAAGACUUUAUGACUUCAGGUACUGACCCUACAGGUGUAGCAAUUGAUUCUACAGAUGCUGUGGUGUUUGCAACUCUUCUUCCCCCCUUUUCCCUACUUACCAUCCCAAGUGCAACCAUUACAACCUCAACAACUACUACCAUUGCCCCUACAACAGAUGCCAUCCCCACUACUCCUGCUCCAACUACAGCUACUCCUACAACUACCACUACCAGUACUACCACGACCACUACAACCCACCCCACCCUGCCUUUCAUGCUGGUUCCGCAUGUAAAGAUCUGGAAUCUGACCGUGGAUGCUAACAGUGACUAUGCUAACGUCAGCUGGAAGCACAACUUCACGGUUGACAGCAGCGAGUUUGUGCUAGAGUUCACAUUGGACAGUAAUGGGUCUAUGAAAAGUGUGCUGUUAAAACAUGAACCCCCCAUUAAGCUGGCUGGAUUGAUAGCUGGAGCUAAAUACCGGCUCCGUGUGUAUUCCCACGAACAGCCCAGCAUCACCAGCGAGUAUGUCAGCUUCGAAACCAGCGGAGCCUAUAGUACAGACCAAGUCGACAUUGCCACACAGGGUUGGUUCAUUGGUCUCAUGUGUGCCCUUGCACUUCUCAUUCUCAUCCUGCUCAUUGUUUGCUUUAUCAAGAGGAGCCGAGGAGGGAAAUAUCCAGUGAGAGAUAAAAAGGACCUGCCUUUGGACCAUGUGGACCACAAAGACCAGGAUGGAUCAUUUGAUUACCAGAACGAAGACAGGUCUCUUGAAAGAAAAAGCAGCGAUGAGGACAACAAGCCUUUGCAGGGAAGUCAGACCUCUCUAGAUGGCAAUGUCAAGGAAAGUGACGACAGUCUAGUAGACUAUGGAGAGGGAGGAGAUGGCCAGUUCAAUGAGGAUGGCUCCUUCAUAGGUCAAUACACAGUCAGGAAGGAUAAGGAGGAGACGGAGGGGAAUGAGAGCUCAGAGGCUACAUCACCUGUCAAUGCCAUCUAUUCUCUGGCGUAGAUUCUUCCAGAAUGAACAGAAGGCCAAAUGCACACACAGUUAAUUCAAUAUAUAUAGAGAGAAAUCUGGAACCACAUAUACACACUUAAUGUUGAGAUGCACAGUCCCUAUGAAGAAAGCAGGGGUGAGAAAACAAACCCCUUGUGGAGGGAAUUCAGAACUUGGACUUCAGUGUGCCUUUAUGGCAAUGGGGCACAGGGAAGACAAUUGAAACCUGAGACUUUCAAGCAUUUUCUGGGGUUUAUUUUUUAUUUUUCAAAAUCCUGAACCCACCUUCACACUUUCUAAUAUCAGAGAAAAGCAGACACAAGCAGCAGUCCUGUGACAUAUCAGUAGUGGGCCAAAUCAACAAAGGAACAUUGGCAAAUGCCAAAAAUAUGAUAGAUGUAUCAAUAAAAGAUAUAUGAAUGCUGUAAUUAGUGCUGGCACAGCUUGCUGUAUCAUUAAAAAAAUCUAUGCACUAUGCAUUUCCAUAAUUUACUUUUGGUUGAAAUUGGGUGGUCAAAUUUCUUUUUUUCUUCCAUAAUGCAAAAAACAUUAAGUUAGUGUUAAGCCACUGUUAAGUCAUUGAAAUGCUAUACUUCCUGGCACCCAUGCCCUAGCAGUGGGCAUGUCUGCUGUAGUUUGAUGCCUAUUUUUGCAAAUAUAUUUCCAUUGGCUGCAUCUAUAGCAUUUCUAAUUAUCACCGCUGAUGUUUAUGGAGCCGUAGGCAAGCAUCAUCAUUUAUCAAAAAAGCAAACAAAAAAAAAAACAGAGCAAACAAACAAACGAAAAACACAUUAUUUUGGAGCAUGGUCAUGUUUGUGCAAGAGACAAUAGAGAGGUUAAAAAGAAGUCUAUCUCUGUUAGCUCGAUAAAACACAAUUGUAUGAAUUUUCUUUUUUUAAUAGCUGGCGCUAUAUAUUGGAUUAUGGGGCUGCUGCUGCUGCUGCUGCUGAUGAUGAUGAUGAUGAUGAUUAAUCUGACAUCCACUAUUUUUUCCUAAUAUUUUGGGCUGUGGUCUUCUUGUUUUAGUAAGUUUGUUAUAGGGUGUUUAGGCACAAAAUAGAUGGAUAGAUGUGGAAGCAGUAAUGCUAUAUGGUUUGCAUAAGAAAACUUAAGUCAUUAUUGAACAUUUUUAACAUCAAAACCAUGCUUGAUAUUAGCAACCAUUUUAAUCUUUUAUAUCUCCCACAUCUUACAGAAACAAACAAAAAAUUGGAUCCAGACACAGGUCUCAUUUUACUAUUAAAACAUUGCAUUGUGAGAGGUUAUAUGAAAAGAUUAUUUAAAUUGCUUAAACAGGUGACCAUACAAUUUAGCAUGCUUUUUUUUUUUUCAGAAUUUGGUUUCAGCACUGCCUAAAAAGCAACUUGAAGUACCACUCACAGUGGUGGGCUUGACCACCUGGCUUCUGCAAAUGUAGUAUCAUAGCACCAAUCAAGUUACUUCAGGCAGAGGGCUCAGUGUAUGUAUAAUUAAAUAUUUAUUUGUAUUUAAUUUUACAAUUUAUAUAGUUAAUAUAUUACUGAUUAACUUAUUGAACACCCAAUUUUAACUGCUUGUCUCAUGAGGUCACUGAAUAGUUUCUCACCGAAUGUAAGGUACAGUAAUAUGUACUUUAAAAAUAUACAUAUUAGACCCAUACUGUGUAAUAAUGGAUGGUGGGACAAGGACAGUGGAUGUUGCGAUUAAAUGUACGUUUUAAAUGUUAAUUGUGCUGGUUUUUUUUUGUAUUACUGUUAUCGUAUUACUGUUCCAAUGUGUUGAUAUAUCUCAGUUUCUUAUCACUUUUACAUGCCACAGAAAAAAUAUUGUUUGUUUAUUUUACUCAGAUACAGCUUUGUGCUGUCUUUCAUUAAUGUAAAUACUGAUUUACAGAUGGGUGGCAAAUUAAAGGGAAACCUGGUGGUUCUUUUAUGCUGUGGAGGUCAUUUUGCUUGCAUGAUUUGGGUACACUUAUUCCCUUAGAAGGAAGCAUUAUCACAAAUCAAUACAAAGUUGCUCUGAUUGACCGUCUUUAUUCAGUUAUUAAAUAUUUCUAACCUGAUGGAUGUGAUAUGUUUCAAGGAUGAAACCACCCCCAUCCACAGUUCACAAGACUGUGACUAAGUUCACUCACUAAUUUGAUGAGGAUGAAAAUGAUGAAAGCAUAUGCUGUGGCCUUCACAAUCAACAGAUCUCAACUCAAAUGGACACCUAUGGGAAUUUUUGGAGUAACAGUCAGACAAUGCACUCUACCACCAUUCUUAAAAUAUUACUUGAGUGCAUUCACUUAUCCACUGGAUGAAUAGCAUUCAUUCCUCCAAUACAGUUCCAGUAUAGUCUACACCUGUGUCCACUGAAGCUGUUCUGGUGAUUUGUGGUUGCCAAAGUAUGCAUGUAUGUUUUUGUUUUGUUUUCUUUGUCACCCAUCUGUAGAUUUUUGACUUCGCAUUUAGAAAUGGAACAGUAACAGUGUUUUAAUUAUGGGAUCUGGACAGUGCUGAUUCCCCCAAGAUCCAGCAAGAGCGCCCCCCGCCCCCAGUUUUCAUACAAAUCUGUCAGAGCAGAUCCACAUUGUUAAUGUAUUAGGCCAAAUAUCAUAAAGUCAUAUAUAUCAUAAACGUGUGUGUCUGUAUAUUAACUUUAUGACAAAAGUAGUUAUAUAUAAAGUCAGCGGAAGACAGGUGUGUCCACAUCUAGCUAAGCUAAAGACCAGCUGUAAUAAAUUGAUAGUUGACACUGACUGCAACAUUUGUUUAUUUUUAUUAAUCAAAUUGCUGGUCAGCUUCCGCAAACGAGUUUGCUUUGAAACUAAGUUAUGUCUUUGUUUCUCAAUUUAUUAGGUCUGUAAUGUUAUCUAUCUUAUUUGUGUUGUUAAAUACUAUGUGAGUUUCAAAUAUAGCCUAUUUUGGACUGAAUGCAGUUCAAAAUCAUACACUUGGAUUGGAAAUUUUUUUGGAUUCAGCUUUUAUUCUUACCUCAGUCUUGGUCUCCUGAAUGAUGUCACCUUGUUUAGCCAAUUUUUCUUUUUCUUUUGUGCAUAUUUGUCCUUUCCAUAGCCUGUUAGUUUCACAAAUCUAUGGACAGGAAAUUUGAAAGCUGAAAGGCUUUGCUAUUGUAGCAUUUUGCCCUAUCUCUGGGGUUUACCUUUCUCUUGGUAUGCAUAUGUUACUAUGGGAAGCAAGAUUUUUGUCCCUUCAAUUUUCACACCAUCACUAUACCUCAAUAUCACACUUGGGCUUGCUUCUUCAUAAUAUACUCCUCCUGUGACAUCCACUUACCUACCCUGUGUUCUAAUACUGCCUUUAACACACCCUCAUUGACUUUCUGUCAUGAUUCAUGCAUCACGAGUGGCCACAUGCGGCACUUGUGGUGGGCAGUGGCUCUUUCGGUGGGCAGCAAGCACAAUGUAAUUAAAAAGAUUUCUUUGGCAGUUUAUGCACUCUAUUUCCUGUAAACCAUGUACAACCAUAUCAGUUUGCUAAAUAACAAGAAUGCUAACCAGUUGGUAUGCUAACUAACUAGCAGAGUAAAUUAAUGCUAGUGUCAAGUACUGACUCCAUAAUAAAGCUCUGUUUUGUUGUAUGUUUUUUUUAUUUUAUAGCUAUUGUUUACACAUAAACUCUGUGUAAUUGUUGUAAUAUUUAAUUGCUCUUGUUUAUUUUUAUGAACAAAUGUUUAUACACUUGCUUAAACACCCCCACCCCCCCAAUCAGGGAAUUGCAUCAUCAGAACUUAAUACCUUCUUGGCAGUUCCUCAGACUUCCAAGGGCCAACUAACAGACAUCCCUUGAGGAAAUGAAACAUUGAAAUAGACUUCAGCAUGGCAGUAGGGAUUUGUACAAAAUGAAAAAUGGCGAGAAAAAGUCGGUUAGGGUAUGUUGAAUACAGUAUUGCUGGACAUCAUUCAGCUUUCUCCAAUACCUUAACUACCAACUAUUCUGCCUGUCUUGUUUUUCCUUAUCAUCAGUGUCACUAAAAUGAAGGUGCAGCCUGAUGACUUGCAUGCAUUGAUUAAACGAAAGCACAUGAAUUAUGCCGUCAUAAACUAUUUCCUUUUCCAUGGAGUAGAGAGAAGGAACUAGUGGACUGGCCAGGUUUAUAACAGUAUAUUAUAUUUCAAUAUUUUUUCCCCUUUUUUUGUACAUGUUCAGUUUGUCUGGGCACUGAUUUUCUGGAAAAAUGCAUACUAUAGUCAGCAUAUGCUACUAAAUUAAAGAAAAGGUGUGUUUAAAUAAUGAGUGUCAAAGAACUGAAAUCCAAUAACACAUAUCAACAUUUAAACAAAUACCUUUAAUCUU